GGCAGCAAGUCACCAUAGCGCGGAAAGCCACAGGUGAUUGUAAUUUCGAAUCAUGGAAUGGGUCGUCGAGUGGAUUCGUUGACUCGUGGUCGUAUGACACUGACACAUAACGAUGGAACCACUGGUCGAUUUCUCCCAGCACGACUGCCUCGGUCGUCUGCCCUAGCAGAUUCCUUUUCUCAUCCACCCCUGGAUAAAUUAACUGGCAUUCCUCUUACCUUUUGGUCUCUUCUUCCCCGUACGUCCCCCCAUAGUGCAGGUGCAGCUAAACCAUGCAUCAUCUGCUCCUCCCGGCCGUCUUCCUCGUCUUCGCCACAGCCGACGCCUAUACCGCUCCCUGCAGCAACGGAACCUGCGGCGGGCAGAACAUCGCCUACCCGUUCUGGCUCGACAAUUUAGGCCCCAACUGCGGCUACCCGGGCUUCGGCCUAUUCUGCGAGGAGAACACUCCGAUUCUGCUAAGCCAACAGGCCCAACACCGGUACAGAGUCCUGCGCAUCGAUUACACCAAUCACACCGUCUCCCUCGCCGACGUCGACGUGUGGAACACGACCUGCCCGCGGCUCAUCUUCGACCUCUCCAUCGAACUCAACCCCUACUACUCCUCGCUGCAGCUCACACGCUCCAACUCCAACCUCACCUUGCUCUACAACUGCAAGUCCGGCGUUUCCCGGCCCUCCGCCGUGAAGCUUGAAGGUUGCCCGGAGCAGAACACCACCUGGUACGUGCUCCCGGAUGACGGGGUCACGGUCAAAGCGUACGGGUACGGGUGCGAGGCGGCGGUGACGACACCGGUGCGGAGCUCGCAUCGUCUGGCCAACGCGUCGCUCGGUGAGAUGCUGAGUGAUGGGUUCGAGAUGCGUUACGCUGCCGAAUCCGAGCAGUGCGUGGCGUGCGAGCAGUCCGGUGGGCGGUGCAGCUACGGACGCCGGAAGGACGACGGCUGGUUGGAGUUCACCUGUUUCUGCGACGAUGGCGCUAACGAGCGCCAGUGCGUGCACAUGUUUGGUGGACAUGGUUGGCUAGGGAUUACUUUGGUUGACAUGUUUUUGGACUCUUUUGAUACAAUGGAGGAGUGGUGGCUAUCCUUCGUCUUCCCCAACGGGGAUAUACGCUCUUUGCGCUUGAAGAGACAAAAACUAUAUAUAAUAGCAGGCAGCUCGAGCAUAAUUUUUCUAUGCCUACUAGUUUUUGCAUGUUUGUUGGGCUAUAAGAGAUAUGGAUCCAAAAUUAUAUCAAAGGUAACAUCAAAAAUUAAGUCCGUCAUACAAUAUUGGACCGGGAAGAUAUCAAAGCGGACACAAAGGAUUGAGUCUUUCUUACAAAAGAAUGGGACGCCAUACCCGAAAAGAUUCAAGUACGCAGAAGUGAAAAAAAUAACAAAAUCUUUUGCUGCAAAGCUGGGUCAAGGUGGAUUUGGUGCUGUUUACAGAGGCAACCUCUCUGAUGGUCGACAGGUAGCUGUCAAGAUACUACAGGCCUCAAAGGGUGAUGGGGAGGACUUCAUUAAUGAGGUAGCCAGUAUUAGCAGAACUUCGCAUGUCAACAUUGUGGCUCUUUUAGGAUUUUGCCUCGAAGGAUCCAAAAGGGCUCUCAUCUAUGAAUACAUGCCUAACGGUUCACUUGAAAGAUAUGUUUUCAAUAGCAACUCUAGAGACGCAAUUUCUAUCAGUUGGGAGAAAUUGUUUCAUAUAGCAGUUGGCAUUGCCCGAGGACUUGAAUAUCUUCACCGUGGAUGCAGCACCCGCAUCGUGCAUUUUGAUAUCAAACCCCACAACAUUCUACUGGAUGAAGAGUUCUGCCCUAAGAUUUCUGAUUUUGGAAUGGCAAAGCUGUGCAUAAAUAAAGAGAGUAUUAUCUCCAUCGGUGGUGCAAGAGGAACAAUAGGGUAUAUUGCCCCAGAGGUUUUUUCAAAGCAUUUUGGAGCAGUGAGUAGCAAGUCUGAUGUCUAUAGCUAUGGAAUGAUGGUCCUUGAGAUGGUUGGAGCAAGGGAGAAGAAUAUCAAUGACAGUGAAUCUAGCAGCCAAUAUUUCCCACAGUGGAUCUAUGAGCAUCUAGAUGAUUACUGUGUGAGUGCUUCUGCGAUAAACGGUGAAAUUACAGAGAUUGUAAGGAAGAUGAUAGUGGUUGGGCUGUGGUGUAUACAAGUAAGUCCUAAUAAUCGACCAACAAAGACUAGAGUCGUAGAGAUGCUAGAAGGGACCACAAGUGGCCUGGAGUUACCUCCUAAAGUGCUUUUAAGUUUUUUUGAAGAUCGAGUUAUGAGUUUGAGUUGAUAAGCAGAUAUGUUUGUAAUGUGUUGUUGAAUAGUGGCAAACCUGCAAUACUGCACAUGUUAGUCAAUAGUAUAAAUUUAAAACCUACAUUUAGUGUUGAGUGGUCUGUAAGCAGUGAUGGAACCAUGAACUGGAGUUCAGUAUUAGACUAUUAGGGCUUAUUCA